AUGUCUGGGUUUGAAGUGGCUGGCAUAGUCUUGGGCUCGCUCCCCUUGGUCGUCACAGCUUUGGAAGCAUACUGCAAAUUCAUGCGCGAAUGGGGCAAAGUACCUUCAGAGCUGAAGAGCCUGAAUCGCCAAUUGAACACGGAACGGGCGAAAUAUUAUAACGUCUGCGCUCUUCUCAUAAGUGACGUGGUACCGCAGCGAGAUAUUGAGCCAAUGCUAGCGAGUCCAUUUGGGCCGUUAUGGCGAGUCUCUGAAACGAACGAUAUGAUCCAGCAGAGGCUUUGGGAUGCCUACAGUCCGUUUGAGGAGACCAUCGUUGAGAUACAAGAAGCGCUAAACGCUAUCAUGAGCCGGUUAAGGGUCCAAAUAUCUGAAGAUGGCCAGGUUGAAUGGGUCAACAAGAGUCGCAUGACUAGAGAAUUCAGAAAGCUUUUGUACCGUGUCCACAGAGACGAGUACAAAGACGAUAUCGCUACUAUUUCCAAGGGCAUCAGCGACCUCGAGUCUUUGACUAAGCUGAGUAUAAGACUUGAACCUAGUCGAAAAAAACAGUCUCGCGGCAAGCUCUUCAAGAUAUUACGAGACUUGUCGACCAGUAUCUAUCGAGCUCUCUGUUCCAGUAUCCUCUGCACUGAUCCUCAUGACAUUAGUCUUGAGCUUUCACCACGCCUGAUUGAGAUCGGGCGCGAUUUUGGCGACGAGAAAGUUCUGAAAGACGCACAAUUCAAAAUAGCCAUCUCUUUUGAGAUGGUAGAAGGCUCAAUAACAAAGCGCUUCUGGGAUGAGGUGAACAUCAAAACAAUAAUUUUGGCCGCAACAAAACGAUCAUGGCCCUUUCUAUCACAAACUCAGGCCAAACGUGUCAAGACGGUACCAUCUGGAACUGGGCAAAAAUUACCAACCACAAAUUCGACAAGGCCAAUACACAAUAUCAAAUCAGCCAUGACCCCAUUGAGCUGUCUCACCACAGAUGCUGCUUCCGUUAAAACCUGCAACGGAGGGACGCAAUCUUUAUCAAAACAGCCCCUGAAUCUUUGCACGGUUUUGAGAGAUGCAAGACAAUCACGGCCCGUCUGCUACGGUCAGCUCAUCGAUACAGAGUGUGCUGGUCGACAUUUCAGGAUAUAUCCAUUAGGAACUACAGUCAACAGUGAUGGCUGGUCGAUAGUGACUCUAAGUGACAUUCUCGAGGGCAAAAGAGGUCUCAAGCCGUUGAUUUCUCUCGCUGAGAAGGUUCGGCUUGCGCUUGCCAUCGCAUCAAGUGUUCUUCAGUUAAGCAAAACCCCAUGGCUCCCAGAAGCUUUGACAAGAAGAAACGUGCAUUUCUUCCGAAGAGACGAAACCUUUUCAUACAACUACCCUUUUCUGCUACAAAGUUUUCCAGCAAGCCCACUCCCACUUCCAAAUACCACCACUACAUCUAGAUACCCCUCGUUAAACAACCCCACGCUGUUUGCACUAGGGAUUCUCCUUCUAGAGAUAAUACUUGGGCAAUCCUUCGAGCAACUUCGACCUCUGGACGAGAAGCCGAUCUAUGGUGACUACGACGGUGUGAUUCGAAAUUCAAUCGCGGCACACAAACUGUUGGAGAGGGUUGCUUUGAUUAAUACGGCGUAUCAAGCUGUUGUGCAGAGAUGCAUAGACUGCACUGAGACUCGUGGGUUGGAUGAGGAUGGGUUUAGACAGGAGGUUUACAACGAUGUCGUUCUGGAGCUUGAGGCUAUUCUGGAGUCGACCAAGUUGGGUACGUAG